CAACAGAAAACACAUCUCGUCGUUUAUAUAGGGUAAUUUAUGCUUCGCUUUGAAGGGAAGUUUGGUUACUUUUGUCAUCGACGCGCAUUUCCUAUAAUAUAUUUGCUGAGCGUGGUUCGUGCUAAAAAGUGCAAUUUUUAUUUUUCGUAGGUUUGCAUAAACAUUUUUUAAUAAAUUAAACGAAAUGGACCGUGGCGGUGGUUAUGGUGGUGGAAAUAGCGGCGGCGGCGGUGGCGGCUAUAAUAAUUUUUCUGUCCCCCCACCAAAUUUUCAGCAAAUGGCACCCAAAAGCGGUGGUUAUAAUGAACCUCCGCCAUCUUACAAUAAACAAGGAGGUUAUGACUCUGGAAACCGUGGUGGCGGCAACUGGAACAAUGAUAGAGGAAGCGGCGGCGGUGGUGGAGGUUAUGGAAAUGGAGGCGGCAACAAGGACAACUACAAUAAAGGCGGAUACAGUAAUAGUGGCGGAGGAGGCGGUGGUGGAAAUGAUAUGAUCACUCAAGAAGAUACCAUAUUUGUGUCGGGAAUGGAUCCAUCCACUACCGAAAUGGAUAUUGAAACACACUUUGGUGCGAUUGGUGUAAUAAAGAAAGAUAAACGCACUAUGAAACCGAAAAUAUGGCUUUAUAAACAUAAAGAUACUGGGCUUUCAAAAGGAGAGGCUACCGUUACUUAUGACGAUAUUAACGCUGCGCAGUCUGCCAUCGCCUGGUUUGAUGGCCGCGAUUUUAAUGGAAGUAUUAUAAAAGUUUCACUAGCACAAAGGCAAAAUAAUUGGAAUAAAGGUGGUCGCGGCGGUGGUGGCGGCGGCGGCGGAGGAGGUGGUUUUGGUGGUCGAGGUCGUGGCGGUGGCGGCGGCGGAGGCGGAGGCGGUGGUGGUGAUCGUGGAGGUGGUAGAUUUGAUCGCGGAGGCGGUGGUAGUCAAGGUGACUAUGAUUCAAACCGUGGUGGAGACAGAGGUGGACGCGGCCGUAUGGGCGGCGGUGGUGGUGGUGGUGGAGGCCAUGGAGGCGGCGGCGGUGGUGGUGCUCCACAACGUGAAGGCGAUUGGAAAUGUAGUAGCUGUACUAAUACCAAUUUUGCAUGGCGCAGUGAAUGUAAUAGAUGCAAAAAUCCUAAGGACUCCUCUGGCGGCGGUGGUGGUGGUAGUGGCGGCGGCGGCGGCGGCUAUGGUGGUAAUUCUGGCGGCGGUGGUUUCGGUGGUGGAUAUGGUGGAGGUAACAAUGAUCGCGGCAACAGUGGCGGCGGUGGUGGUUACCAAAAUAGAGGAAAUAGUGGUGGCGGUGGCGGCGGCGGAUAUGGCGGUGGUGGAGGUUACGGCGGAGGAAAUGAUCGUCGAGGAGGAAGCGGUGGAGGUGGCGGCGGUGGUGGUCGCCGUGGUGGCGGCCCAAUGCGCAACGACGGCGGUGGCGGCGGUAAUCGUAAUCGACCCUAUUAACCCUAUUAAUAAAUAAACUAUUCAAAAUGUCUGUUUUAAUUUAAGAUAUUGCAGUUUCGUAUUAGUUCGACAAUUUAUUUAUAACAAUUAUAUGACACAUGUUUACUAUAAUCAACUGAAGUACAUUAAAAUACGAUAUUUUAAAUAAAUUCCACAUUUAUUUUAAUUUUAAA